AUCACUAACCCCCUCCUGGGUCCCUGCGUGUCCUGUCACCCCCACCCCUAUCACUAAACCCCUCCCAGGUACCUGUGUGUCUUGUCACCCUCCCCCUCCUCACACACACACAUCACUAACCCCUUCCUGGGCCCCUGCCUGUCCCGUCACUCUGCAUCACUAAUCCCACGGGUCCCUGUGUGUCCCCUCAUCCCCAUCGAUAACCCCUCCCUGGGGUCGUCACCUCCCGCAGAGUCCCUGCGUGUCCCCUCAUCCCCAUCGGUAACCCUUCCCGGGGGUCCUCACCCUCUCCUGGGUCCUUGCGUGUCCUGUCAGCCUCCAUCACUAAUCCCCAGGUGCCUUUGUGUCCCCACAUCUCCAUCAGUAACCCCUCCCUGCGGUCCCUGCGUGUCCUCUCAUCGCCCCAUCGGAAACUUCUCCCUGGGGUCCUCCCUUCCCCCCUCCCAGGGUCCUUGCGUGUCUUCUCAUCUCUACCAUUGGAAGCCCCCGCCCCUGGCAUCCCUGUGUCCCCCCACAUCAGUAAUCCCCCUAGGGUCCCUAUAUCUCACCCCUAAUGCGAGCUCCCUGAUUUUCCUGGAUUUUUACUAUUUGGGACCCAGUGUGUGUUGCUCUUAGGGUGCCCCCUUCUUGUAUCUGGGCACUUAUCUCUCAGGGUCCCAUUCCCCCACUUUUGUGUGGGCACUUUCCUUCACUCCCCAGUGUGUACCUCCCCUGUCCCCGGGGGUACCAGCAUUGGUGGUGGUAGCUGCAGUAGAGAAGCGGUAACAUGGUAGAGAAGCGGUGCCCGCGGCUGCAGAGGGACAGUGUGUACCGCUGGUUCUCAGAAUUGCCCUCCCCGCAGCGGGUGGAAUUUCUCUGUGGCCUCCUGGACUUGUGCAUCCCACUUGAACUGCGCUUUCUAGGUGCCUGCUUAGAGGACUUGGCCCGCAAGGACUAUCAUUCCCUACGUGACUCUGAAAUCAAGGCUAACAACCCUGCUGACUUGGGUAGCCUCACUAACUUGACAGACGAAGUGGUACGUAGCAAACUGCUGGUCUCCCUUGCCUUGUUGGGGUCUGCACACCGAGAGGCAGCUGGAGUCCUCUUCCGCACACUUACCCAUAUUGAUUCUGUCAUCAACAACUAUGGGCUGCAGCUCAACGAGGGCCGCACUGGGGAUGAAUUUCUCUUGCUCUUCACUAUGGCGUCCAACCACCCUGCCUUUAGCUUCCACCAGAAGCAGGUACUGAGGCAAGAGCUUACCCAGAUCCAAAACAUCAUGGCCAGCACCAGCAAGAAUCCCAGUAUUCCCGCUCUUAGCACCAUGGCAACCUACCCUGGCUGCCAUAAGGUCACUCCAAGAUCUGAGACCCCCAUAAACAGUGUCAGUAACAGUUUGGAAAAUGCACUACAUACGUCAGCACAUUCCAUUGAGGAGUCGUUACCCAAGAGGUCUUCAGGAAAACACUCCAAAGUGAGUGUUGAAAAAGUGGAAGUAAAGGGAUUGGCACACAAGAAGAAUGAAAGAAAUGUUGAAUAUUCCUUUGAGGUCUUGUGGUCUGAUUCUUCAGUGACGUUGGUAACCAAAUCUUCUACUGAAGUGACUGAAUUUAUUUCAAAGCUAUCUCAGCUGUACCCAGAAGAAAACUUGGAGAAAUUCAUUCCUUGCCUAGCUGGUUCAGAUUCGUUUUACCUAGAAAGGAACCACAUGGACCUGGAAUCAGAUGUUAGGUAUUUGGCAUCCUUACCUUCCCAUGUGCUGAAAAAUGACCAUGUCAAGAAAUUCUUCAGCACUUCUUCUUCUUCUCAGCAACUUCAGAGUUCAAGUCCUGGCAACCCCUCUCUCUAUAAAGUAGUCACUACGCUGGGUGCAUCUGGAAGACCUAUAUGUGGAGUAGCUGGUAUUCAGUCUUCACAGAACCAUGUACAGCACUCAGCUGUUUCUUCAGUUGCACUGCCCCAUUGCUCUCAUUCAGGGAGUACAGGCUCAUCUUUAGCCUACCGCUCCCAAAUGGACACCUCUUCACCCAUGUUGUCUUCCAGUUCACAGACGCCCCAGACCCAGGAGCAAAAUGGGAUUUUAGACUGGCUCAGGAAACUGCGGUUACACAAGUAUUAUCCUGUCUUCAAACAACUCACAAUGGAGAAGUUUCUGAGCCUUACUGAAGAAGAUCUGAAUAAGUUUGAAUCCCUCACCAUGGGAGCAAAGAAAAAACUCAAGACCCAGCUGGAAUUGGAAAAAGAAAAAUCAGAGAAACGGUGCCUAAAUCCAGCAACACCUUCUUCAGUUACCAGCAGUGGAGUGGCAAGGGUCCCUCCUACCACUCAUGUAGGGCCUAUCCAGAGUAUUCGUGGCAACCAUGCUGCAGAGCUGCGUGUAGAUGUGGAUCAGCCAGCCCACCCGCUUCCCCGAGAAGGUAGUUCUUCUGAGUACUCAAGUUCCUCUUCCAGCCCCAUGGGGAUCCAGACCAGGGAAGAGAGCUCAGAUAGUGCUGAGGAGAAUGAGAGACGUUUAGAGAUUCACUUGGACAGUUCAGAAAAGGAGAAGCCAGUGAUGUUACUAAAUCAUUUCACUUCGAGCUCCGCCAGACCCACAGCCCAGGUUCUACCAGUGCAGAAUGAUGCAGGCUCCAAUCCUUCUGGGCACCAUAUCUUGCCAAUGCAAAUGAUGACAGCAGCCUCCACCCACAUCAGCCCUAUUCGAAUGCUAAAUGCGAUGCACAAGUCAGAGCGAAAUACAGACGUGAAGCUACUUUCCUCUUCUGUGCAUUCACUUUUGUCUCUAGAAGAAAGAAAUAAAGCUUCACCUGGACCUAGAAGCAGCAUUAAAAUGGACAAGAGCUUUGGAAAUACAGUGGUUGAUGUGAUGCCCACAUCGUCUCCCCAUCAGCCCCUGCAAGUACUUUCAGGAGUUCCUGAAAACAGUUCUUCAUCUUCGGUUAACUAUGGUCCUCGAACCAAAGUUGUACAUGCUUCAACUCUGGACAGAGUGAUAAAAACAACUCAACAGACAUCAUUAAUAGCGGAAGCAAGUACUGCUGCCACUGUAACAUCCAGCACAGUCUUCCAUAUGGCACGUCCACCCAUCAAGCUCCUGGUAUCUUCUUCUGUUCCUACGGAUUCUGCCACUGCUGGGCAAACUUCCUGCUCCAGCAAUAUGCAAAUAAGUGUCUCUCCUGCAAUAAUCAAUCCCCGGACUGCUCUGUAUACAGCCAACACCAAAGUUGCCUUUUCUGCAAUGAGCAGUAUGCCAGUGGCUCCGAUGCCAGGCAGCUUCUGUGCAAACAGUAACACUGCCUCUUCUAGCAGCCACCCAUCCACAUCAUUUGCAAACAUGGCAAAUUUGCCCAGUUGUCCUGCCCCCAGUUCUAGCCCCACACUUUCAUCUGUUGCUGAGAACAAUUUCUAUAGCAGCAGCAGUAGUAGUGGAUCUGCAGGGAGUAUCCCAGUACCAAAUCAGAAUCAUCACCACCACCACCACCAACAGCAGCAGCAGCAACCGCCUGGGUGUAUGGUGUGUAGUUCCUGUGGGUGUAGUGGGAACUGUGGUUCAGGCAGUAUGACUGUCAGUUAUGCUAACUAUUUCCAGCACCCAUUUUCAGGUUCCUCAAUGUUUACCUUUCCAUUUCUACCCUUCAAUCCUUUAUGUAGUAAUGGCUACAUCAACACGCAGCAGUACAACGGCAGCACGACUUUUCCAAUGGUUCAUUCUCCCUACAACAGUGGUUUAACACCAGACUCUGUAAUGAGUGGGCAGUCCACGUUUGCAGUGCCCCCAAUGCAGAACUUUAUGGCAGGAACAGCAGGGGUGUAUCAGGCACAAGGAAUGAUGGGAAACAGCAAUGGUUCAAGCCACAAAAAAAUUGGGAACCUUUCCUGUUACAACUGUGGGGCCAGUGGUCACCGAGCUCAGGAUUGCAAACAGCCACCAAUGGAUUUCAAUCGGCAAGGUACUUUUAGGCUGAAAUAUGCCCCUCCAGCUGAAAGUCUUGACUCCACAGACUGAUAUUUUCUCUGCCAAGAGAACACUGUAAGCCAUGGAGAUAAGGAAUUUUAAAUACAAAACUGAGAAGUCCAUUGCUGUUAAGUUUUAAUGAGUUUUUUAAUCCAAAGGUGCUUUACUUUACUAGACUAGGUAGAAAAUCUAGCUUAGGGGUGCAUCAAACCCAUUUUUGAUCGCCAAAAUUCAAGUUUAGAUCUUGGGAGAUGGAACUUGCCUAAUACGUAUCAUGCGAUUGAUGCGCAGUGGAUGGCAGGUGAAGCUGGCCAACUACAUUUUCUGUUGCAAAUGCAAAACAACCAACCACCCUACACACUUCUGCUGAAGAAUGUUGCCAUCUUUGGACCUUCUACAAUGAAAAGGAUAACUCCAGGGCAGCUACUACAAUGUGAUCUGAAGUGAGAGCUGGAGGUUGAAGGUAUGAGCGGCUGUGUGCCAGCCAGCCUCUGAAACCCUGGGCUAAGUAAAAUGGCUACUUUUUUUCAAAAGUAAUCAGGCACUAAUCUCUGGGAUUUUUAAGGAUUGCACUACAGAAGAAUGUAAAACUAUUCAGGCUUCUGCACUUUUAGCAGAUAGUGUCACUCUGAGACCAGUGCAAGAGGCAAAGAAGUUCCAACCUUUAAACUUUGGCACCAGCAGGCUAUGCGAUUUACUACACAAUAAAAAUCUUAAAUAAUUCUCUCCUUUCCCUUCCAAAAGAACACACAUGGCAGUUUCAAUUCCUUCUGGAAACAACCUUACUCUCACUGUCGCCAUUACUACUAGAUACAGGUGGGUUACUAGCAGUGAAAUGAACUUAGUUUUCCAAGAGUCCAAGUCCCAGAGACUCCAGGGCCAUAAAGGCUUCACAAAGAGGUUUUUUUUUAUGUAAUACAUGGAACACCUUUUAAGUCCUGUUACUGUAUAUAGGUAUCUUUCACAGAAACCUUACUACUCUGCUUUUGUAAAUGAAUUUUAAACCAUCCUAAAAAUAAACUCUGGCAGCAGAGUUAGCAAGCUGUUGCUUUACUUUAUGUAAUGAAACUCUGACUCGUACCCCAGGGCUUUUGCUACAGGAGUCAGAGGGGUAGAAUUCAAACAUGUAAAGGGUAGUAAACGUCAUUAUUUUAAAGACUCUGAAGGAUUUACUGUCGGCCUCCUUUGUGGCAGUAGACUGCAGAUUACUAAUUUUGGUGUUAACUACCUAGCGUACAUAAUUUUGAGUUGGCAAGUUUAAUUAAGAGUUAGGAGGAAGCCAAACAAAGCUCAUGUUGCUGAAUUGAAAAGGUCUUGUCCUGUCUUGCCCUGCCCAAGGAAUUCCACUCGCUGCAAUGGGUGUGGCCUUUUUUUUUAAAAUGGCCUGAAAUUUAAAGUGAUUCUUGUUUUCCAGAUUAGAGUAUGCAACUUCAAUAUCUGAGGCCUUGUUUAUCUUGUGGGAUUUUUUUACACCAGUAUAGCUAUACCUGUGCAAACCUGAAGGUAGAUGUUCUACACCAGAAUAAAUAGCACUUGUAUUCGUGCAUCUUGCUCUGGUUUGAAAGCAAGGAAAGCCAUACCAGCGCAAGACACUUUUUAUGUGGGUGCAAAGCUCCUCAGGGUGGAUCUGGCGUUAGCUACUGCAGUGUUGGUUUAAGUAGCUAAUGCAAUAAAUUGUCAGUCAAGAUUUGAAUGGCAAAUGUUAGACGUUAAAUAUCUGGGCCAUCUUUUAGUUCCGUUUUCUCAAAACUGUCAGCCAGCCUCACCCGAAAGCAACAACAGGCCAGGGCAAUAUGAUAAAUUAAUAUUGAUAAAGAGGCAUUGUAACAUGAGAUGGCAAGACACCAAACUUGUCCCAGUUUUUCUUUGGAGGUCAUAGAGUUUUUUGGCAUCAUGGAAACCAACCCUGAAGUUGUGUAACAUUUGGUUUCUCAAAAAUAACAAGAUUUCUGUUGUUUAUUUCUAUGCAAUGAAGAAAUGCCAUACUUCUGUAUCCUCAGCUACGUUCACACUACACAGUAUUUAUAGACAGUGUUGAAACAAUUGUUUGCUAUGUCUGUAUUUUGAGGUGGUUACAUAUAAUGGUCUCAUGAGCAACUUUCAAAUCUGCAACACUAACGUGAUGAGAACUGACAAUGCAAUUUACUUUGCCUUAAUGAGCUUGAAACAAUAGUACAAAAAAAGCUGUCAUAUGAUAUUGUGUUAAAGGGAACUUGCAGUUUUUGCUUAAAAUGUUUACUACAGGAUUUUGAUGGUCUCUCCAGUAGCCUGGAACAUGUGCUGAAAGCCAAACUUUCACAUUUUUUCACUUUUUUAAAACAAAAGAAUAUUUUAAAAUUGAACUGUAUUUAAACUAUUUCAACACACAUGCAAGUACUAAAAGCCGUCCCUCAAACUAGCAAAAACCAAUAGCAAAAAAAAUUCUUGUUUUCUAUACCAAUUGCAUUUUGUUUCAUGGGCAAGGCUGGGAAGUAUAGUCUUGUCUGUUUAAUAUUCACUACAAAUCAAAAGGGUGUAACAAGGAUUAUUAAACUGAACUUUUAUCCAGUUAGCUUCUUCAAAAAUGGUUUCAUUCCUGCAUUCAGAAUUCUUGUCUUCAAGAAUGUUUCCUGUUUGUAAAGUUAAGGCUGAUAUUUCCUAGGCAGAUUAAUAUGCACUUAACUAUCUUUAAAAAUUACCUUUUAAGUCUGAUUUCAAAUUCAAACUCAGCAAAGCCUGAGUAAAUGGAAGGAAGUGGAGCUUAAUGUAGAUGUUUGAAGAGCCGGUACUGUUUAUAGAGCUUUCCCUAAAUCAUCAACCUGAGUCGUGGCUUCUGAUUUGCUGGUGUAAUCUGUUAUGUUUGUACCAAGAACAACCAAAAUUAGUGAGCCUAAACAGAGCACUUUAAUUAUAUAAUCCAUUUUAAAAGGCACAAGUCCAUCUCUUUCCUCUCAAAUUAGUCUGUCUAGAGUGACUGAAAGAACCAGCUCAUAAUACCAUUUCUGUAUGUCAAAAUAUGGAAAAUAGACACAGAAUAAGCUUUUUUAUUCAUAUCUUUGCCCUGGCAGUGUAAGAAUAUCUAGUUCACAAACUAGCUUGCACUCUAGGAUAACUGACAGUUUUUAAAAUGCAAAAGAGGGACAAACUCCUUGUCAUUCUCUGCUUUUAAUCUCAGCACUAUAGGAAUGUGGAAGAGGGUCAUAACUUUAAGCUUCCUUACCAGAGGGAAUCUAUAAUGCAAUUUCACAAUAGUCUUUCUGAUUUUAAAGUAUUGGUGAUGGAAGUGUUAGGAAGAGAAUGAAACCAGAAUUACCAACAAACUCCUCUGACAGUAGCAGUCCAAUUUGAAAUAAGCAUUAGAGGUUAGUUUGUGUGUCAUUAACAUUUGUCAGGAGGUUCAACAAGGAAGAUUCAUAUCAGGAAGCAGGUAUUAAUAGGAUUCCGUAGUGAUAUCAGGUUUCAUGUUAUGUGAAACUUCCUAAACUGUGUAUUAAACCUGACCAGUAAAAAUUCAGCCAUAAAAUAAGUGAAGGACUUCCUGAAAUAGUAUAAACCAACCACUGUUACCUCAGCUUGAGUUUCAUGCCAUUUACUGCUUGUUAGUAUUGACACUAAAAUUUAGUUUAUGGUAUUUGGCAGAGAAGCCACACUAAUCCCACUCCCCCAAAUGAAAAUAGAUUAGUUCUUGCAGUUUCACAAUGGCAUCAGUCCUACAGAACAUGUAUCAGAGGUCACUUACACUUAAAGCCAUGGAUUCUGGGAAUGGUCUAGAAUUCCUUUGUAAAUCCAGUGGGUCCUAUUUUGUUGGAAGUAAAUGUACUUACCACUUGCAAGAUUCUGGAAAACCAUAUUGCUGGUUGAGGCCAAAGGUAAGUUACUACAAUACUAAGGAAAUAUAAUACAAACUCUUGGGACUUUAAGUUCUUACACAAGUAAAAGAUGCUUUGGUACAGAAACAAAGCAAAUCCUUUGUUUUGAAGUGUAGUUUAACAGCUUCUCUUGGAUAUAAUUUUUCCACUAGGAAUGAAGGAAACUCCUACUCCAAUUUGAGCCAUUUCCCUUAUUUCAGUCAAUUCUAGUAUUAAAAAUUGUGCAUGUAACUUUAUAAAUAUUUUUAAAAUAGUUUUGUAAAUAUUUAAUAUUCAGCUAAUUUGAUUUUGAAUUGUAAAUGUCAAGUAUUCUGGUAUUGGAAUUUUUAUGUUUUAUUAUACUUUGUUAAAGGUAAAAUUGUACAUUUUUAGAAUGUUUUUAUCUAAGUAAAUUUAAUGUAUGGAAAAUAAAAAAAAAGUUCAAGUCCUUACGUGCUUUUAAAAGGCUUUCUCCCUUUGUUUUCUCCCAACCUAAGUUGAGAACUAUUUUAGAAAUUCAUUCAAAACAACUUUACAAUUAAAGACACCCUCAGUCUAACUACACUCAUCUGCCAAUGAAUCAGAUAGACCUUACAUUGUUUGUCUCUAUGCAACUGCUAUUCUCUAAUAAUUAAAAUUUGAGGGACAAACUUUGCCUUAAUCAAGGACAACUCUGCAAGGUACUGCUGUCCACAACUUGACACUUCACUCACUGCAGCAGACUGACUGGGCUAGUGAGCAGGGGGUUCUGUAAUGUUUAUGAACUAGGACCAUGCUAUGACUUAAAGAAUUACUGGUGAAAAACAAGUGGAACUGCUGAACACAGCCUUAGCCCUUAAAACCAGUAUUAAAACACUGUUUUGGAAGAAUGGCAUUUUGUACUGUAAGCUACCCAGAAACUGCUGUCUGCUUGUUGCUUUCUUGCUAGAUCCAUGCCUUUGAAACCCUAGUUAAGUCUCUCUACCUGUUCAUACACUUGCAUCUGAAUUGUUUAUUAAAUUACUGAAGGGCUAGAUUCUGCCACCCUUAUGCCUGUUGUAGUACCUUACUACUCAUAGUCCCAGUAAAGUCAGUGGGGACUACUGAUGGAGUAAGGGGUGUAGAAUCUAACCCCAAAUUAAAAACACGAGAUUUCUUUAAACUUAUCUGUUACUGUAAACUCAGAAAAAAAGAAACACUAACGCAUGUUGCAGACUAUAACAAGUUAGCCUUGGGAUAAAAAGCUAGAUUGAGAGAAGUUUUAAUUAAAAUCUUGGAUGAGAUGGGAACAGCUGUUUUCCAUGCAGAAAAUAUUCAAGCUAUUAUUAGUAUGGUUUUGUGUGGGUAAGUUCAUUGUAUCUUUGCGAUGGGAAACAUAAUGCAUCCUUCCCCACUAACAACUAAAUUGCAAUGGGACUGCCUUCUGCUGGCCCCCUGCAAGCCUCUCCUAUUUCUAACUUCUCCCUUUCUUUUGUGACAGGGCUUCUCCAUUCUACAAUUAUUUCAAUACGGUUGUUCACGGUCCUAAGCAUCAUCAUAGAUUGCUAAGCCACACUGGGAUCUACUG